CAUUGAAAUAAGAAGCAAAGGUGAUAGCCACCCUUAACAAACGAAUGUUUUACUUGGUGGUUACCGCAGUGAUAACGUUGUAAGUGAAAGUUGUGGACGCAGCUGUGAAGAAUUCUUGUAAGAAGUUUACUUGUGGUCUUGCCUCUGGUACUAUGAGCCAACAGAAUUUUCAGGUGUGUCAAACUAUUUUACUAGCCCUCGUGGUGUUGGCAAUCCCAGUUGUUCAGAAUGGAAAGAUUCUUGUGUUUCCUGUGGAUGGCAGCCAUUGGGUCCACAUGAAAACCUUGAUUGAGGCACUUCAUGCCAAAGGCCACAAUAUUACAGUCAUGAGGAUGGCAGACAGCUGGUACAUCAAAGAAUUCUCACCUCACUACACAUCAAUCACUCUGAAGUCUGAAGGAGGAUUUGGUGAAGAAUUCCUUGAGAUGUUCACAUUCAGACUUAUGGAAAUUCAGAGGGGUGGUUCCACCUGGGCGCAUAUGAAGCUGGAGAUAGAGAUGUGGAAAAGUAUUUAUGAGAUGAUUAAAACAGAAGGUGAGUUGAUAAUCAGCAUGUUGGAGAACCAGCAGCUAACGCAGUCCUUAAAAGAGGCCAAAUAUGAUUUGGUUCUUACAGACCCUGCCAUGUUUGGAGGUAUCAUAUUGGGUCAUUAUCUGAAACUGCCCAUGGUCUUCAAUGUGCGUUGGACAUUGUAUAGUGAAGCUCAUUUUAUGAUAGCUCCUUCACCACUUUCGUAUGUUCCUUUUCUAUUCCUGGAGUUUUCCGACCGCAUGAGCUUCUUUGAAAGAGUGAAGAACAUAGUGAUGUACAUAAUAGCUGAAGCACAGGGUGCUCUCCUUUUUGCUCCAACUUAUAAUGCACUUUGCGAACGGUUCCUUGGCCCAGAAGCGUCCUCCUACCUUGCCUUAGUUCGGAGUGCUGACUUGUGGCUCCACAGGGUAGAUUUCAUUUUUGAAUUCCCACGUCCCACUAUGCCAAACAUUGUCUACAUGGGAGGUUUCCAUUGCAAGCCAUCAAAGCCUCUUCCACUAGAUCUUGAGGACUUUGUGCAGAGCUCUGGUGAACAUGGUGUCAUCGUCAUGUCGCUGGGCACUCUCAUUGGUCAGCUCCCUGUUGAUGUGGCUGAGGCAAUUGCUGAAGCUUUUGCAGAACUUCCACAGAAGGUCAUCUGGAGGUACAAAGGAAAAAGACCAUCUGCACUAGGGAACAACACCUUAAUGAUGGACUGGAUACCUCAGAAUGAUCUUCUGGGUCAUCCUAAGACCAGAGCAUUUGUGGCACAUGGCGGAACAAAUGGAGUUCAAGAAGCCAUAUACCAUGGAGUACCAAUCAUUGGAUUUGGGUUGAUCUUUGAUCAGCCAGAUAAUCUUGCAAAGAUGAGAGUAAGGGGAGUAGCAAAAAUUGUAGACUUUGCCACAGUGGAUAAGGACUCCUUCCUUAAAACUGUUAAAGAGGUCCUUUAUGAGCCCUCUUAUCGAGAGAACAUGCAGAGACUCUCAAGGCUUCACAAGGAUGUUCCCGUGAAGCCUCUGGACAAUGCCAUCUUCUGGAUAGAGUUUGUUAUGAGGCACAAAGGUGCCGGUCACCUUCGCACAGAGUCGUACAAAAUGCCAUGGUACUCUUAUCACUCUGUUGAUGUGAUACUUUUCCUGCUUUCUGCUCUAUCACUUAUAGUCCUGACCACAUAUGCAGUCAUCAGAUAUUUGUGCUGCAGAAAAUGUAUGAGAAAAACCAAAAAGAAGAUACAAUGAUUAUUUUUAUUGAACUGAUACAGUGUUAGUUUUUUUUUUUUUUUUUUUUUGCAUGCGGGAUUAAAAUGGUCAUUUACUUAAGCAUUUCAAGUUUUGUAUAGGACUAUUCUGUCAUUUUUGUCACAAGUUCAGGCAUAAUUAAUGAAUUAUAAUUAAUUAAAAUAUACAUUUAUUUGCAUAUUGACAUUAUUAUUUUAUAAUUUUUUGGCACAGAAUGUAUUUCUAAAUUAUAUUCUAGACAUUUAAAAUUAUUUUGUCAAUAUUAAUCGUACGGGUCUGUUAGAACAACAUGUUUAUCCAUUUUAUGUGAACACAUUAUAUUAUAUUAUUUGGUUUCGUAUUGAUUACCCUCAAAUGUAUAUCUAUAGAUGUGUCCCUGAAUUACUGCAUUAUACAAUGAACUUGCACUAUCCACCAUGCACUCAGCUAUGCAAUUUAUGCAUUUUCAAAGUGUAAUACUGUCCCAAAUUAAAUACU